AUGAAAAUUGUAUCAGAGCCAAUGCUUUCUCGUUCUGUUCACAUUACCGCGCCUGCCAUGCGCACAGCUUAUUUAAUUGAUACAAUGCAGAUGUCACUCGGCGACUCUCGCUACCUGAAGGAUGAGUCCUUUAAUAAGAGACCGCCCCCUCUAUUGCAGGACCUCCAAUCGGCUAGAACUUCCCUGCGGGCGAGGUCCCGCCUUCCAUUGUUCGGUGUUGAAGUCGGCUGUCAAUCAUCACGCAACGUCCUUUGCGAUUGGCCAGUGGCUCUGUGGGGCGCAGGCUGUCAGUCAGCGGUUGCCAGUGUUGCAGCUGACUAUCCACCAGCAAGUUCUAUUUUCGCUCAAAUUGGGAAUAUGGAAGCAAGUCUAGUGGCUACUAUUGGUAUACUUCGUUAUUCACAACUGAAGUCAAAAAUGAAGAAGCCUUGGUUGAAUAUCUUUGGGGUGCUAGCACUAAGUGCAGCUGCUGUUGGAAUUACUUUAGUGGCCAAUUUCCAGCUCUCUAAUAAUGAACAGGUACACAACACAGGCACAGUUUUGAUCUUUGGGUUUGGAACUGUAGUCUGCUGGAUCCAGGUUGUUUUAACUUUUCAGGCAAAUCUAAAGAAUGAAGGAAUUAAAGUUGGAAUAUUGCGUGUUAUGAUUGCAACGGCUAUCUCCAUCACUGUCAUCCUGUAUUUUUUUCUGGUUGCACAGCUCAAAAUGUUCCACGGAGCAAGAUCCCAGUGGAUGUUAAUCAUGCUUUACCUCCUCUACAUAGCAACAUUUGCAAUUGAAUUUCGAUAUUCAGAAUUUAACAUUCAAUGUGCUGAUGAACAAAGUGUAUCAAAAGUCUCCACGGUCAUUGCUGAGUUCCGCUCAGAUCAUUUUAGAGACAGUUAUUAA